AUGGCCGUCAAGAUAGUCAUGCACGUAAUGGCCAAUGUUCACGAGAAACUCAAGGGCGUUCCUGAUGUCUUAUGGGAGCAGGUGAUGGCGGACAUUUACGACCUUCACAUUGCGACAACCUCAGCUGUAUAUGACGAACAAGUGAAGCAAGUGCUGACAAAAUGA